UGCGACGGGCGUGGGCCUGAAUCUGUCCCGCGGGGCGAACGGCAGCGUCGUGUGCUUGGCGACCGUGGGGGGCGGCGCGUACACCGCCCUGCUCGGGCCAGACGGGGUCACGGGCACCACGGUCGCCUUCGACGGUGCAGACGUGGAGGAGCUGCGCGAGGCGGGCCCGGGGCUCAUCGUGGCCCUUGCCGCCGCCGGCGCGGUGGCACUCCUGGCCACGGGCGGGGUGGGGUGCUACUGUGCGCGGAGCCGCAGCCGCAGCCGCAAGAACGGCCGCGUCAGCGCCGCCGGAGCCGCCGGCGAGGGCGGCGCCAAUGAGGACCCGGGCCCCGUCGGCGGCGGCCGGCGGGCCAGCGCGAGCAGUGGUGGCAGCCUCAGCAGCGCAAGUUUACGCGAGCACUCCUUCAUGCGCAGGCUGGCUGACGACCCAAACCUGUUCAGGCUCGCCGGUGCCGGCUCGGCAGAGCCUUCGUCGUUUGCGCCCUCUUCGGCACCGCUGUCGCCCUCACCACGGUCCGCGAGGUCAGGGCGCCGCUGGUCCCUGACCACCUCUGUCUCGUCCCUGCGGGGCAGGGGCAUGCUGGGGCCGCUCGACGACGCCCCGGCGUCGCCCGGCGGCAGGCCGCCGCCCCCGCCGUCGCCGACCGACGACGCCUACUCGCGGUGGGCCAGCCGGGCGCUCGACCAGAUCCUCCAGCGCAGGAACAGCCAAGAGCUCCACCCCCCGACCGGCCGCCUCCCCGCCGCCCUCGCGGCGGGCCUCCACGCGCCGCCGCCACCGCCCCUGAUCGCCCCCGGCCAGGCCGCGGGCGAGUCGGUCGCCCAGUUUCCCUUCCCGCCGCCUCCGCGGCGGCCACCGCCGCUGGCUGUGGGAGGAGGGAUCGAGUUGCCGACCAGCAGGGCCCCGCCAGGGGUGCCGCCGGCUGCGGGCCUCGGCCAGGCGGCGCUGUGGUCCCUCGAGGCGGGGCCGCCGCCGCCGCCGCCGUUCGGCGCGUCGGGAGGCGCGGCGUCAGGA